AUGGUCGAAGACAAAUAUGUCGGCCUCUGCCUCGCAGUCUCGUCGUCGCUGGCCAUCGGCGCCAGCUUCGUCAUCACCAAAAAGGGCCUCAACGCGUCCAUGGAGAAGCACGGCUUCGAUGGCGAUGGCUACUCGUACCUGCGCAACUCGACGUGGUGGGCUGGCAUCAUCACAAUGGUCCUAGGCGAGAUCUUCAACUUCGCCGCCUACGCCUUUGCGCCUGCCAUCCUCGUCACCCCGCUCGGCGCCCUGAGUGUGCUCAUCGGCGCCGUGCUGGGCAGCUAUUUCCUCGACGAGCAGCUAGGCCUCUUGGGCAAGAUUGGCUGUGCCAUCUGCUUGAUUGGAAGCGUCAUCAUUGUGCUGCAUGCGCCGCCGGACAAGGAGGUGUCGUCGGUCGACGAGAUCCUGAACCUGGCGCUCCAGCCCGGCUUCCUCGUCUACUGCCUCUUCGUCGCCGUCUUCUCUGUCUUCAUGAUCUACAAAAUCGCCCCCAAGCACGGCCGCAAGAACCCGCUGAUUUACCUCUCCAUCUGCGCCACCACCGGCUCCGUCUCCAUCAUGUUCAUCAAGGCCUUCGGUAUCGCGCUGAAGAUGACAUUCGCGGGUAACAACCAGUUCACGCACCCCUCGACCUACGUCUUCGUCAUCAUAGUCGUGGGCUGCAUCCUCACGCAGAUGAACUACUUCAACAAAGCGCUCAGCCAGUUCAGCACCAACAUCGUCAAUCCCCUCUACUACGUGACCUUUACGACCUUCACCCUCAUCGCCUCCUGCCUGCUCUUCCAGGGCUUCAACACAACCUCGGCCGUCAACACAAUCUCCCUGCUCUGCGGCUUCCUGAUCAUCUUCUCCGGCGUGUACCUCCUCAACCUCAGCCGCGACGAUCCCAACGCCGGCCACACGCUGGGCAACGCGCUCUCGGACGGCAUCCCAAGCGACGCCAUGAGCGGCUUCCCCACACGGCGCAGCAUGCAAGCCCGGCGGAGUCAGGAACUGUACUUGCAGAGCAACGGCAGCAGCGCGGGGCGCCGCAGCCAUGGCGCCGAGGGCGCGGGGCUGAUGCACGACUACGACGUUGAGAACCAGUUCGAGCUGGGCGACCUCGCGGACAGCGACGACGACGAGCACGCGAAGAAGGGAGCGAGCUUCGACGAGGAGGGCCGCUUGGGCGGCAGAGCGAGCUCGGGGAGUAACAUGCGCAGCUUGAGGGUCCAGAGGGACUCGAUCCAGCCCAAGCGCACCUCAAGCCCGCGCUAG